GAGCGUCCUAUGUGACGUAGUAAUGGAGGCGUUGGCCGGUCGGUGUCACUGUAUGGUCAGGAAAACCUGAGGCGGAGUAACGACGUCCUUUCAAAGAAUCCUGAGAGUUAAACGGAGUCGAAUACUUUGAAACGUCCUCUAACGCCACUGAGACAUUUGAACCUAUCGAAAUGAUCAAAAACGGUCACUACACCACCAUCGAGCAGCGGGCUGACGCUGGCUGGAGUAAGCCGAGUGGCUCAGUGCGCAGCCCGGAGAAAAGGAAGCGGGUCGUGCGGCUGUGGUGUGACGGCUGCUAUGACAUGGUUCACUACGGUCACUCCAACCAGCUGCGACAGGCCAAAGCCAUGGGAGACUUCCUCAUAGUUGGAGUGCAUACAGAUGCUGAGAUUUCCAAGCACAAGGGUCCUCCGGUCUUCACUCAGGAAGAACGCUACAAGAUGGUACGGGCCAUCAAGUGGGUGGACGAGAUGGUAGAAGGAGCGCCUUACGUCACCACCCUGGAGACUCUGGACAAGUACAACUGUGACUUCUGCGUGCACGGAGACGACAUCACGCUGACGGUGGAUGGCAAGGACACGUAUGAGGAGGUGAAGCGUGAAGGCCGCUACCGGGAAUGUAAGCGCACACAGGGUGUCUCCACCACUGACCUGGUGGGACGAAUGCUUCUCAUGACCAAAGCCCAUCACAGCAACAUGGAUAACCCAGAUUACCAGCAGCAUACAGACAACUUUGGAAAGGGUCCUAAAGGCCACAGUCCAUGGACAGGAGUGUCGCAGUUCCUCCAGACAUCCCAGAAGAUUAUCCAGUUUGCCUCAGGAAAGGAGCCUCAGCCUGGAGACACCAUCAUCUAUGUGGCCGGGGCAUUUGACCUCUUCCACAUCGGCCAUGUUGACUUCUUAGAGAUGGUCUAUAAGCAGGCGGAGAGGCCCUACGUCAUCGUGGGACUGCACUUUGAUCAGGAAGUGAAUCGGUACAAGGGGAAGAAUUAUCCAAUCAUGAACAUCCAUGAGAGGACGCUGAGUGUCCUGGCCUGUCGGUACGUGUCGGAGGUGGUGAUUGGUGCUCCCUAUGCAGUGGGCAAAGACCUGCUGGAUCAUUUUAAGGUUGACCUGGUGUGUCAUGGCAAGACGGAGGUGAUCCCAGACAAAGAUACGGCGGACCCCUACGCUGAGCCUAAGAAGAGAGGGAUAUUCAGGAACAUCGAUAGUGAGAACAAUCUCACCACUGAUGACAUUGUCAAGAGGAUCAUUAAAAACAGGCUGCAGUUUGAAGCCAGGAAUCAGAAGAAGGAGGCCAAGGAGAUGGCAGUGAUCGAGGCGAUGAAGAGGAGAGAGCAGCAGGAGCAGGGUGAAGAUGCAGCUCAGGUUGCUCACUAGUCACCUCAGACCUGGUUCUGUGUCUGAUUUACUCGCCCUGGUACACUCAGCUCUAAGAGGGUGGACUGAACUGACCCAGAAGGAUAGCCAUGUUGGAACUGGCUAGGGGGGAGGGGGGGGGGGGGGUCGGUCUGUCUCCACUAGUCCUCUGGACGCAGAACCCUGCUUUAAAUAUUUGGUAUGCACUGCUGGCUUAGCUUCGCUCAGCCUUUCAUCUAUACAGAUGGCCCCAGCCUAAGCUAUUAGAUCUGCCGUGAAAAGAACACAAAGAAUACAAACUCGUACUACGUUUUAACCUGCAAAAUCAUUCUUAAACCUCUCGUGCUCCACAGGGAACUUUUUAAUGAUGUCUUCUGUCAUGUAGUGUUUUUGUCCAUGAAAUCUGUUUAGGUGUCGAAGUGGUAUGUUCAUUUUGUAAUAAGCCAUAACUUGAAAUGUUAAUGACAUUGUCAGUUGUGUUUUUAGAUUUUAAACCAUAGUAGUCUUCAGGAAGUGUCAGCAGUAACAUUGAAUGUGGUCUAUUUUUCAAUACACUGUGAAUAACAGAUUUAAUUUGAUUUUAAGAAUUCACUUUGUUUUUCUCCAUCCUGGACAAACAUUAUCAUUAGUAUGUUAAGUGAUCUGUGGAGUAGUCUUUUAAUUUUAAAUGUGGAUUUGAUUUUGCACCGUGCGUGUGUGUGUGUGUGUGUGUGUGUGUGUGUGUGUGUGUGUGUGUGAGAGAGUGAGUUGAGGGAGUGUUUGCGCUGUAAAUGACAGUAGUUUCGUGCCUCAUUCCAAAAGCUAUAACUAAUUUAAGGGCUUUUAAUUGUAUCAAAAAGUCUAAACUGUCUGUACAGCUGUUGGUAAAGUCUCUCCUCAGUUUACUACUAAGUGUGUUUUCACUAAAAACAACAACUGGUAUGUUCUCUUUUCUCCUCCUUUGCAAAAGAAUCCAAUAACUUAAUAAACUGGGGCCCAGUAUGACAGUCAAACUGCUUCUGCAAACACUCGUUGAUUGUUUUUCUUGUUAUAUGAGGUGAAUUAUAAAUGGUACGAGACUUUAUAAAGUGUCUAUGGAAUAAAUAGAUUUACUUACUAAAGUUACUAAAUAGUAGAUGGGAAUUUAUUGCAACCUUUCAAUCACUAUAUUGCAAAGUGUAAACCUCCCUUUUAAUAAAUACAUUUCAAAGUGU